CGUUGGAUGGUACGCGUUUAAAGCAAGAAGAAAAAUAAAAGGGGAUGACGAAGGAGGUCACGAGGAAGACGGCGGAUCACUCGGAUGCGGAAGUUGUCUAAUCCUGGCGGUUAAUACAAAUAAACAAUGGCGGCGCACGAGCAAAAUAUUGAUGUUGUGAUGCUGUCGUGUUCAGAUUCAUCAGUGGGUAAAGGAGACAGUCUGCAUCAGCAAGUUUUGUCUGCGUUUCCGCUGUGCCAUCUGACCGAAGAUGAUCUGACCCAGAACCCUCUGUUCUGCAAGCUUCUGGCCACAUUGUCACAGCAUGUGGAUCGCACCGGACUGACUUUACCGUUGAGAAAAGAACUGGAAAAGGCAGAGAGGGAGCUCCGGGCGCAGAGGUUGGGAUGGCUCCGUUUGGAAGGCAUGCACAGAAUCCUGCAGGAGAUGGUGCAGGAACAUGGCUUCAGGCAGCACCACUCCACUGCAGCACCAGCUGAGGACACGUUCUACGUCACACUGGAGCGGUGUUUGCGGGUGGCUCGGUGCGUCCGGCAGCUGGACCAGAGCACCACCAGUGGCCAGGAUCAACCCUUCAUCCUGGGGCUCACUGCUGACACUGUGCUGAGUCAGCUGCCUCCACAGAAGGAUGUAUGGCAGAUGAAACAGAAACUACCAACAGAAAUGCAAAAACAUCUAAAGAAGAAACUCUUUAACCUCCUGUCCUACUACCAGCCUGAUUGGGAGAAUGAAAGUGAGGGUCUGAGGUGCGUGAAGCUCUCAAAGCUGCCUGGACUUCUGGAGAGCGAGCGCAGCAGAGCAGAGGGUCUGGUCGAGAAGAUCCGAGAGAACGCCACCCUGCUGCAGCGCCAAACUCACUUUUACCUCUCUGAACUGCUGGAAUGCAUGCAGCUUCUGCAGACUCUCGUCCUGGACCUCCGUCUCAAAGUUCAGAAAGAACUCGACAGGAAGAAGAUUGAGUACUUUGAGGCCAAAUGUGAGAUUGGAAUUCAGAAAAUUAGGGCAGAGAUGCUGGAGGUGCAGCUCGACUCUUACACACGAGAUAAAAUAGCUGCACAUCAGAAAAUAACGGAGAAGCUCACGGCAGAGCUGCAGUCGUGCCAGAUGGAGAAACAGUCUCUGGAAUCUAAACUGGCGUCCAUCGAGAUCUACGGCAGGGAGUUCGAAGUCCUGGCCGAGGAAUAUUCCAGAUUGCGUCAGGAGGUCGCAACAAAAUCCUGGGCACUGAAAGAAUUUACGAUGUGAACGAUCACGGCAAGCAGCAGCAGGCAGUACGAGUUAGACCUGGUGUUCAGACUUUAUCACUAUUCUCACUUUGCAUAUGUAACCUUUAACAGUAUUAGUGAUAUUCAUUUUGUACAUUUCUAUGAUAUAUUACCGUAAUGGCUCUGCGCAUUAUUAUAAUUAAAUUGUUUUAUUAGUAACUGUCUACAUUUGUCUUCUUGUAUGCUGAAUUGAGGGGAGAUGAGGUAGGAGAUAUAAGGAAUAACAUUUAAUUUCUUCCUAACAAAUCAAUGUACAACAUUUACCAGCAAUUUUUUUUUUUACAUAGCUGACAACAUUACUUAACAUAUUUUUUAUUCCGUUACUUUUUAAGAUUACUUUGGAUAAUUCUUUUAGUUUGUUAAUACAAACUUAUUACACAACAUACACACACUCCUAUGUGCUGAAAAUGCUUUGGUCUGAAUUAAUAAACUUUCUGAGACAGUUUUAA